CCUUUCCUCCCCACAGGUCUUCCUGCAGUUAUCACCACCUGCCUGGCCUUGGGUACCCGCCGGAUGGCAAAGAAGAACGCCAUUGUGAGGAGCUUGCCCUCUGUAGAGACCCUGGGCUGCACCUCUGUCAUCUGUUCUGACAAGACAGGCACCCUCACCACCAACCAGAUGUCUGUCUGCAAGAUGUUUAUCAUUGACAAGGUAGAUGGGGACAUCUGCCUCCUGAAUGAGUUCUCCAUCACCGGCUCCACUUACGCUCCAGAGGGAGAGGUCUUGAGGAAUGAUAAGCCAGUCCGGCCAGGGCAGUAUGACGGGCUGGUGGAGCUGGCCACCAUCUGUGCCCUCUGCAAUGACUCCUCCUUGGACUUCAAUGAGGCCAAAGGUGUCUAUGAGAAGGUCGGCGAGGCCACUGAGACAGCGCUCACCACCCUGGUGGAGAAGAUGAAUGUGUUCAACACAGAUGUGAGAAGCCUCUCAAAGGUGGAGAGGGCCAACGCCUGCAACUCGGUGAUCCGCCAGCUAAUGAAGAAGGAAUUCACCCUGGAGUUCUCCCGAGACAGAAAGUCCAUGUCUGUCUAUUGUUCCCCAGCCAAAUCUUCCCGGGCUGCUGUGGGCAAUAAGAUGUUUGUCAAGGGUGCCCCCGAGGGUGUCAUCGACCGCUGUAACUACGUGCGAGUUGGUACCACCCGGGUGCCACUGACAGGGCCAGUGAAGGAGAAGAUCCUGGCGGUGAUCAAGGAGUGGGGCACUGGCCGGGACACCCUGCGCUGCUUGGCCCUGGCCACCCGGGACACUCCCCCGAAGCGAGAGGAGAUGAUCCUGGAUGACUCUGCCAGGUUCCUGGAGUAUGAGACGGAUCUGACAUUCGUGGGUGUGGUGGGCAUGCUGGACCCUCCGCGCAAGGAGGUCACAGGCUCCAUCCAGCUGUGCCGUGACGCCGGGAUCCGAGUGAUCAUGAUCACUGGGGACAACAAGGGCACAGCCAUUGCCAUCUGCCGGCGAAUUGGCAUCUUUGGGGAGAAUGAGGAGGUGGCCGACCGCGCCUACACAGGCCGAGAGUUCGACGACCUGCCCCUGGCUGAACAGCGGGAAGCCUGCCGACGCGCCUGCUGCUUCGCCCGAGUGGAGCCCUCCCACAAGUCCAAGAUCGUGGAGUACCUGCAGUCCUUCGAUGAGAUCACAGCCAUGACAGGUGAUGGCGUCAAUGAUGCCCCUGCCCUGAAGAAGGCCGAGAUUGGCAUUGCCAUGGGAUCUGGCACCGCCGUGGCCAAGACUGCCUCUGAGAUGGUGCUGGCUGAUGACAACUUCUCCACCAUCGUGGCCGCUGUGGAGGAGGGCCGCGCCAUCUAUAACAACAUGAAGCAGUUCAUCCGCUACCUCAUUUCCUCCAACGUGGGCGAAGUUGUCUGCAUCUUCCUGACCGCCGCUCUCGGGCUGCCCGAGGCCCUGAUCCCGGUGCAGCUGCUGUGGGUGAACUUGGUGACUGACGGGCUCCCGGCCACAGCCCUGGGCUUCAACCCACCAGACCUGGAUAUCAUGGACCGGCCCCCCCGGAGCCCCAAGGAGCCCCUCAUCAGUGGCUGGCUAUUCUUCCGCUACAUGGCAAUCGGCGGCUACGUGGGUGCAGCCACUGUGGGAGCGGCUGCCUGGUGGUUCCUGUACUCAGAGGAUGGGCCUCAUGUCAACUACAGCCAGCUGACUCACUUCAUGCAGUGCACCGAGGACAACGCCCACUUCGAGGGCAUAGACUGUGAGGUCUUCGAGGCCCCCGAGCCCAUGACCAUGGCCCUGUCUGUGCUGGUGACCAUUGAGAUGUGCAAUGCACUCAACAGCCUGUCUGAGAACCAGUCCCUGCUGCGGAUGCCACCCUGGGUGAACAUCUGGCUGCUGGGCUCCAUCUGCCUCUCCAUGUCCCUGCACUUCCUCAUCCUCUACGUCGACCCCCUGCCGAUGAUCUUUAAGCUCCGGGCCCUGGACCUCACCCAGUGGCUCAUGGUCCUCAAGAUCUCACUACCAGUCAUCGGGCUUGACGAAAUCCUCAAGUUCAUUGCUCGGAACUACCUAGAGGGAUAACCGUUCCCCUUCCUCCAUCUCUUUGAGCCCGUGUCACAGAUCCAGAAGAUGAAAGAAGGAAGUGAAUGUCCUUUUGCCCUGUCCUCCCCACCCUGAUAGUGACGCAUCUUCAGGCAGAGCUGUGGCACAGACCCCUGUCCGUCCCCACACUCCCCCGACAUGUUUCUGUUUAUAAACACAAUGUCCCCUUCCCUUUCCUUCCCCCUCAGCCACCCACCUCCCUCUCAACCGUGUAAAUCCCCCUUCCCAACCCCAAGGGGCUUGCAGGGACAAGGCGACCGACCGCACUGAGCUGCUUAUUUAUUGAAAAUAAAUGACAGAAAAGUCCGGCCUCGCCUCUGCAUGCUUGGAGGCCCGGGUCGCUCCU